AUGCAAUGUAUUCAAAGAAGAACAAGAGCAGCCAUCAAAAGUGAUAUAGGAGAUAUUUUGAAAUUAUUUCAAGAGGUGAAAUUGCUAAAAACACAGAAGGAAUUAUUCAAUUUGAACGAGCUAAUUCGUCUCGCCAAAAGAAAUACCAAAGGAAGUGCAUUUAACCUAGAACCUGGAGAUAAACUCAAGGAGCGCAUUACAAAAGCCAAAGAAUAUCGUGUAUACAACUCUCAUAAAGGAUAUACUAAUCUCAUUAAAAGGACAGAUGCUCAACUUGAAGAGUUGUCCAAAUAUGAAGGUGGUACAUUUUAUAAGUUAUUAGUAAUACUAGAGACUUGCGUUUUUUCAUUUGUUAGGUAG